UUUACACAAUUAAAAACGAUAAAAUAAUAAUAAUAAUAAAAUAAAAAAUAUCUCCCCACAUUCGUAUCCCUCAUUUGUUUUAGCAGUCGAGUCGAGCAUACCAGGGCCACCCCACCACGCCAUUGUUGUAACUCUCUGCAAAAUCAAAAUCUGAGACUUAUCUAAAACCUCUGUUGAACCAUACCACCUCGCCAUUGCUCACCUUCUGCUCUCAAUCUGUAUCAUCUGAGCCUAUAAGAGAUCACCAGCGUGGCCAUUUUAGUCAACUAAAGAAUAUCAUACUCACAAACUUCCGAUUGAGUUGACUCUGUAGCUCUCAUCCUUGUGACCAUGGCUUCUUCUUCCUCCUCAACCGCUAUAGUACCCGCCUUCCUUUCCACCAAAACUCUAACUCUCUUUGGCGCCAUACCCACUUCGACAAGACCCUCCUUUCUAAGUUUAAGAUUAAGGCCAUCGCCAUCUCUUAACAGGCUUCUCUUCAAAAUCCCAUCUGGCUCUGUCAACCGAAGCUCGGUCCUUACUGGCUUCAGAUCCGUUUCUCCUGUCAUGGAGUGGCAAGAUUGCACUGUUAAGAGGGAAAUGGACGUGCCUGCUUCAGUUGCCUAUAAAUGUUACUCUGACCGUGAAGCCAUUCCUCGUUGGAUGCCCUUCAUUUCAACUGUAAAGAUUUUGGAAGACAAGCCUGAUUUAUCGCGGUGGUCACUGAAGUAUAAAGCUUUUGGCCGUGAUAUUGAAUUCUCGUGGCUUGCUAAAAAUAUGCAGCCCAUUCCAAAUCAGAAAAUCCACUGGAGAUCUAUGGAGGGUCUUCCUAACAGAGGUGCUGUUCGAUUUUUCCCAAAGGAUCCUUCAUCAUGCACAGUAGAAUUGACAGUGUCCUACGAAGUACCUCAAAUUUUGACUCCAGUAGCAUCAGUAAGCAAUAUUCUAACUCUAUUUUUUAAUGUGCUCAAAUAUUUCUUUUUUGGGAUUUCUCAAAUGGACAUUAUAGGAGGACAAUUUACCAUAUGAUGAAUUUGUAUGUACUCGUGGAGUUUCCUGCACUAACGCCUUUUUCUUGUUUUUCGGUUUCAAUAUUAUUCAGGCUCUGCAACCAUUUCUUGAAAGCUUACUUCAACGCGGUUUAGAACGGUUUGCAACAUUUGUGAAAAGCUAUGUGUGAACAUAUACGGAAAUAAUAAUAAUUUCAAAUUUUCUAUUAUUCAAA